GGGGUAGAAAGAGGGGUGGGUUUAGUAUGUUGUUACGUGGGCAUAUAAGAGAGAGGGCCUUCUGGCGGGAUGACACGUGUGAGCUUGUUUCCUACUUCUCAGACACAGAUUGCACAUCUACUUUGCAAGCUCUUUUCUUGUUCAUUGACGAAGAGAAGGCCAGACGCAUCUACGAUUAAGUUUGUUUCCUGGUGAAACCGAUUCAGCGGUUCACAUACUAUCACACGCUUUAUUGUUCCGAUAACCCGGUUUUCGAUUGAGAAGAAAGAAAAACUUUGGGUACGAGAUCGGAGAGGAGAAAGUAAACCAAAAAGAAAUUACGAAUCAUGACUGGAUACGGGUACAACGAAGGCGGAGGCGGCGGAUAUGGGCAACAGCCUCCUCACCAGGGAGGAGAAGCCAGCCAGUACUACACUGGUGGCGGACAAGGAGGACCACCACCUCAAGGUUAUCCCCCACAACAGGGCGGAUACCCACAGGAGGGCGGAUACGAUGCCUCUGGACCUCCUCAGUACCAGCAGUACCCCUCUACCGCCACGCACUCGUCCAACUCCGGCCGCAACUCACACAACCAAGGCUACCAGAACCAGUAUGGCGGAGAGGGUGACCCAGAGGGUGAGCGUGGUAUCAUGGGCGGUAUCGCUGGUGCAGCAGCAGGAGGCUACGGCGGCCACGCACUAGGCGGCAAAUCCGGUCACGGUACCACUGGCGCCAUCGUAGGAGCCCUCGCCGGCGCCUUUGCCGGCCACAAGACCCAAGACGCCGUUGGAGACCGAUGGGACGAGCACAAAGAAAAGAAGAAAGAAGAAGAAGAGCGACGCCGCUGGGAGGAAGAAGAAGAACGCCGUCGUAAAUAUGGCGGCGCCGCCGCCGCCAGCGCCGGUGCCGGCUUCGCACAUCAGUCACACGACCAACAACGCUCCGCCGGCGACUUCGGCGGUAACUUCUCUGCCUCCUCCCAAGACAUCCGCCUCGACGCCCACGGCGACUACGUCCUGCACGCCCAGUGCCGCCGCACCGACGGCUCGGUCCAAGCCUCUUCCAUCCCGCUGAACCGCUACCUCGCCAACGACGACGGUUCCUUCCGCUGGUCCGGAUCAUCCACCGACCGCAGUUCCGGCAGCGAAAACACGUAUACCGUCCAGCAAGGCGACACUCUGCGCGCCAUUGCGUCGCGGUAUUCGCACUGCUCGUUUGAUGAGCUUGCCAGACACAACAACAUUGCCAACCCUGACCAGAUUUGGCCAGGCCAGAACUUGAGGAUUCCGACUGGAGGCGGUGGAGGUGGUAGCUCUGGUGGCUUUGCGUCGUCGGCACGCAAUGUGAGGUUGGUUGGUGGCGGGCAGAGGCUUGAGGCUGAUUUGGAAAGUCACGGGGAGUGGAGGCGUAGGGAGAUUAAUCUUGAUGAGAGGAUUAGCAAUCGGGAUGGAUGUUUGGUGUUUGUUUAAGAUAUUCAUCACACUGAGUGUUCCGAGAAGGUCAAAAAAAAUCAAAAAAAUCAAUGUUUGUUAAGAAACUUUAUGAAUAUCAUGCAUACGUUAAAUCGUUGUGACUAGUUUUACAUAGCACUGAAAUCUUUCCUCAAUACCUUACCAAUGCUUCCUCAUCUCAACUGCAUCCACACACUAACUGCGUAUUUCAUCCAACACUUCUUCAACCCCAAUCCCUCUUAUCUGCCUAAUCCUUACACUCCAUACCCCGCAUAACCUCCUCAUCCAGCGUCCCCGGAUCCAACCUCAACCUCACAAAGUACCCGUACUCGUAGCGCUGUCUUGGCUAUAGUCCAGAACAUGCAGAACUACUUCGUUUUU